UGUUUGGUGGCCAUUGAAAUCAGGUGCUCUUCUUUUUCCCUCUCUCUUUCUCCUUUUUCGCUUUUAGACGGAAAAAAUUCCUUGGCGGUCGCAAACCGGCAUUCUUGAUUAUCUAAUCGAUUUCUUCUUCUUCUUUUUUUUUUUCCUGGAAUUAUUUCUCCGGUAUCUCUUUGUUUUCGUUACUGUUUUACUUGAACCCUAGCCUCGCAGUGGAGACUUCGGAUUUAAGCUCAAAAUCUUUUCCAGUCGUGUUUUAGGUACUUUUUUUUUAUUUGAUUUUUUUUUUCCCCUUACUUGGAAUUUCAAAUUUAUUUUGUUUUGGUCUCGAUUACUUAUUACAAUUUUCCUUCAAAUUUCUUGUAUAAAUGUCCAGCUCUUCAUUUUUCUACUUUUUCUUUCCGGAAUUUUUAAUUAUAAAGUUCAGCGUGAGCCGUACGGUGGUGAUUUCUUUUUAAUUUUCUUUAUUGGUUGUUGCAUGGAGGUUAUCCGUAAUGGAUGCUGUUAUGCAGAUGAUGAAAUCAAGUGUAGGAUGCAGGAUUCUGAUUCUUCUAUUGAAUUUUUAUAGCUUUGCAGAUUAAUUUUCCUUGUUUUUUUUUUAUUUUUUUUGGGUACUCCAGUUCAGUGGUGGUUCGCCUAAUUAUAUUUUAGCUUACUGUUUUGUGUUUUCUAGCUACAGAACAAAGAAAGAUAAUUUAGUUUAUGCAUCUUUUUGAGUUUGACUCCAGCCAGUAGGACGUGCUCUCAAGAAUCUUUCUAAUUUAAUAAAUUAUUUUUCAUUCCAAUGGCGGUUACGUGGCUGGUAGCCUUUGCAACUUGUAUUAAUUUUAUGAGCAACCGAAAUUUCUUUUUCAUUGAUUCUCUGUGCCCUUGCUUGUUGGUAACUUUGUUGUGUUCUCUCCUUUUCUUCUCUUGUGUUAUCAAUGCAUUUAGUGUUUUUGUUGUAUUUUUCGCAUGUCAUUACUCUGCUGAAAUUUGGAAUGUCCAGAUAUUUGUCUUUCUUGUGUUCUGAUAUUGAAUUGGAUGUGGAAGUAGAUACUGGAGGCCAAGAAGAAAAAGAAAUUUUAUGGAGGACGUUGUCGGAAGAGGUUUGGAAUGCCAGAGGACUAUGGAUGGGAAGAAUGAUGCAAGUAAUGGAAAAGACAAGGAUGUCAUUCCUUCCUGUUGCUUAAAAGCCAGAGCAUCUGCCCCUGAGGGUGAAGCUAAAUGCCAUUCAACAGUUGUCUCUGGAUGGUUUUCACAGCCUAAGCCAUCCUCUGAUAAAACUCCCAAGCUGGUAUACUUUAACAAUCCUAUGUGGCCAGGUGUGUGUUGCUUUUUUCCCUCUCCUAUGCCUAUGGUACACAAAUGCACUUGCUAUCCUUUUAUAUGUUUGUUUCUUUUCUCUCUCUUUUAUUUUUCACCCGUUUGCCAAGCAAUAUUAUUCCGGAGGAUUUUGACUGUUUUUACCUCAUUUUCCGGCUACUGUUACUGUUUGUUUACAUCUGGUAUACAAUAUCUACCUAUUACCAACGUUAAGAGUUUGCAACUUGAUUGCACAGAAGGAUUUAUUGCGUAGUAUCAUUCAUUUAAGUCAUUACUUUAUAAGAAUGACAUUGGUAUUUUCUCGAUAGUAUCUAGGUCAAACAAAGGAAAACAAGCAUAAUAAAUCACAAAUACAAGCAUGAAUAAGAUAUAUAUGCAUGCAGUGUUUCGGUGUUUUUAUUAACUCUGUAAUCAUAAGUUGUCAAAUUGAUGUGCACGUGGAGGUACGCAAAUUUUAUUUACAGUUAUCGGAAUAUUUAACUUAAUGUAUGGUAGCUUUACUAUGUUAGUGGGCAGAAUGCUUAUUAUUGGGAUAGUUGAAAAAUAUCACCAAUCUGAAAUACCUACCAGACUGUUUGGAGAUUAAGUUUAGACAUAAACUGAAGGAAAAAAUUGAAUGUUACUUCUUGGUUUGAUGUGCAUGUAUAGUUGAUCGAAUUUAAAUCAUUAUUGUCAGGAUAUUUAACGAACAUGUGCUAGCUUUACCAUUUACUGGGCACAGUGAUUGAGAUCGGGUGAAGCAUAUCACCACUUUGGGAUACUUCAUGAUUUGGGACAUAAGUUUACCGCAUAAACUGAGUGAAGAAGUUGGAUGUACUUGCUUUUUGAGGAUGGCUUAUGUUUUCAUAGUCUGUUCCCAUGAUGUUUAGCCUAAUUAGGAAUGAUAACAUUGUAUACCUGUCUAUAGGAGAAGCACAUUCUCUGAGAGUGGAGCAAAUUUUGUUUAAAGAGAGAUCAGAGUUCCAGGAGGUCCUGGUUUUUCAGUCCUCAACCUAUGGAAAAGUUCUUGUGUUGGAUGGCAUUGUCCAGUUGACUGAGAAAGAUGAGUGUGCUUAUCAGGAGAUGAUUGCUCACCUUCCUCUUUGUUCCAUCAAAUCCCCCAAAAAUGUUCUAGUUGUAGGUGGAGGCGAUGGUGGUGUUCUUACAGAGAUUUCUCGCCAUAAUUCAGUGGAGUUGAUUGAUAUCUGUGAGAUAGACAAGAUGGUUAUUGAUGUAAGUAAGAGGUUCUUUCCACAGCUAGCUGUUGGUUUUGAUGACCCUCGAGUAAGACUUCAUGUCGGUGAUGCUGUUGAGUUUCUUAAGUGUGCACCUGCUGGGAAGUAUGAUGCAGUCGUCGUUGAUUCUUCAGACCCUGUAGGUCCUGCUCAAGAACUUGUAGAAAGACCAUUCUUUGAGACAAUUGCUAGAGCACUGAGGCCUGGGGGGGUUCUUUGUAAUAUGGCAGAAAGCAUGUGGCUUCAUACUCAUCUUAUUCAGGAUAUGAUUUCCAUAUGUCGAGAAACAUUCAAGGGUUCUGUUCGUUAUGCUUGGACGAGUGUCCCCACUUAUCCCAGUGGUGUCAUUGGAUUUUUGCUAUGUGCAACUGAGGGCCCUGCCGUAGACUUUUUACAUCCUGUAAACCCCAUCGAGGAGCUUGAGGGAGCAGUACAGCAUAAAAGACAACUUAAAUAUUACAAUUCGGAGAUUCAUAGAGCAGCCUUUGCUUUGCCGUCAUUUGUGAAGAGAGAAGUUAGCUGUCUUUGAAAUGCCCGCUUGUGGAGUUAAAAGUGUCCCUGCCUUGAUGUUGCGCCUAUUGCAUUUUAGUAACAUAAUUGUUGGCAGUGGGGAUCAGGGCAGUUCAUCCUGUUGGAUAAGUACGAAUAAUAUUGCGAUUCGUGGGAUAGAAUACAUUCUGAGACUUCUGAUCAUCAUGAUUUGAUUUGUAAAAGGACUGAACUAUAUAGGUCAAUGAAUGCUAAUGAAAAAAUGCAUGGUCUAUUCAUGCAGUUUACCUCUAUAUUUCGUAGUUGUUUAAUAUGAUGAGAGUCUCUAUACAUUUACUGUUUGUUCAAAAAUCUUUAAAAACUAGGUGUGUACAAAUUCUCCAUUUCUGUACUGCUACCGUUCUCCUCUUGUGCAGUAACGUGAAAGAAAUAUGAUCUAUGAAAACGUUAAAUGAAUGAUGGCGAGAAAAAGAAUUUGUUUUUCGCAAAGAAAGGAUUAUUAAACAUGUGAAUGACGAUUUGUUUUAAUUAUUUCAAAAUCUUUGCCGAUUAGCAUCAGGCAUC